AUGGACUACCCCGAUAGCGCGGCAUGUCGUCGGCGUAGUGCUGAACAGGCCAAGACCCUUCUGGAGAGGCAGUUGAGGCGGCCAGGGGCCCUCAAGGGGGAAAGUUUGGCAAUUGAAAGUCCAUUGUUCACUGACUGGAGUUUGCUGGCUGACCUUGAGGGCCUGGCCCUGCCGAGGGUCGCCAGGGACGAUAGAGCUAUUGAGAAGGCGGACCUUGUCUGUGUGAGGCUGAGGGCCGAUGCUCGAGGGGUUCCAUCAGCGUUAGCACAUCUAUAUGCUACUACGGAAGAGGACGAGGGUAAGUAG